ACAACCAAAGCUGAAGUUCUUUUAGAAAAGGCCGAUUUUUCUACACCCCCCACCCUUUCAGUCUCAUUCUUUUCGAGGAUCUUUCAUUGUCAAGCCGCCAAAGUGGAGAGUGUGAUCGCAGAGGGGGGUGCUUCUCGUUUCAGCGAGUUCCUGGGGAAAACCCCAGGGCCUAGCAUUCAGAGAUGGGUUCCUUCACGAAGCACUAGACGAGAUGUCAACUCCUCCAAUGAAAAAGAACGACAUGAUGCAAUCUUCAGGAAAGUGAGAGGCAUACUGAAUAAACUGACCCCUGAGAAGUUUGACAAGCUAUGCCUUGAGCUCCUGAAUGUGGGCGUAGAUUCAAAGCUCGUCCUUAAAGGAAUCAUCUUGCUGAUUGUAGACAAAGCCCUCGAAGAGCCCAAGUAUAGCUCGCUAUAUGCUCAGCUAUGUCUGCGUUUGGCAGAGGAUGCUCCAAACUUUGAUGGCCCAUCAACAGAGAUCCAAUUAUCACAAAAGCAGAGCACUACAUUCAGGAGACUUCUGAUAUCCAAGCUUCAAGAUGAAUUUGAAAACCGCACCAGAAAUGUUGACCUCUAUGAUAAAAAUGACAGCCCUCUUACCUCUGAGGAGGAAGAGCAACGUGCCAUUGCUAAGAUCAAAAUGCUGGGCAACAUCAAAUUCAUUGGAGAACUCGGCAAACUUGAUCUCAUUCAUGAGUCUAUUCUUCAUAAAUGCAUCAAAACACUUCUGGAAAAGAAGAAAAGAGUCCAACUCAAGGAUAUGGGGGAGGAUUUGGAGUGCCUCUGUCAGAUAAUGAGAACUGUGGGGCCGAGACUUGAUCAUGAGAAAGCCAAGUCUUUAAUGGGUCAGUACUUUGGCCGUAUGCGAUCCUUAAUGAACAACAAGGAAUUGCCUGCUAGGAUUCGUUUCCUGCUUCAGGAUACAGUGGAGUUGCGCGAGAACAACUGGGUACCUCGGAAAGCUUUUAUUGAUAAUGGACCGAAGACUAUCAACCAGAUCCGUCAGGAUGCAGUAAAGGAUUUGGGUGUUUUUAUUCCACCAAUGACUCAAGGAAUGAGGACCGACUUCUUUCAAGAAAACCCUUUCUUGCCAACGAGAAUUAAACCUGAUCGAGAGACUCUUGGGGGAUUAGCGGAUAUGUUUGGGCAGAUGCCAGGUAGUGGGAUUGGUACUGGCCCUGGGGUCAUUCAGGACAGAUAUUCCCCUACCAUGGGCCGUCGUACAAACCCGCUUUUUAAUGGACAUGGUGGGCACAUGGCCCCUGCACCCCAGCCUUUCAUGAAAUCUAACCAGGGGCAGAAUCUGCUUUUCCAGAACCAGACUCAUUCAUCUCAACAGCAAGCUCAGUCCAAGGAUAUGCCGCCACGUUUUAUUAAGAAAGGACAGCUCAAUGCUGAUGAGAUAAGCCUGAGACCGGCUCAGUCAUUUAUUCUGAACAAAAACCAAAUGCCAAAGUUGCAGCCACAGAUACCUACCAUGAUUCCUCCCAGUGCUCAGCCUCCACGCACAUCCACUCCACCACUGGGACAGCCACCGCAGCUUGGCCUGAAAACCAACCCGCCUCCCAUCCAGGAGAAGCCACAGAAGACUAGUAAGAAACCACCUCCAGCUAAAGAGGAACUGCUUAAGAUGACUGAAACGGUUGUGACGACUUACCUGAGCAGCAAGAACAUGAAUGAUGCAGUGAACGGAGUGAGGGAGAUGAGAGCUCCUAAACACUUCCUGCCUGAGAUGUUGAGUAAGAUGAUCAUUUGCUCACUGGUGAGUCCAGAUGACGACCGCGAGCAUGUCAGCACUCUGAUCAACACGCUCCGUAUGGAGGGACUGGUCACUGGGGAAAACUUCAUGCAGGCGUUCCUUAAUGUUCUGGACCAGUGUCCCAAGAUCGAGGUGGACAUUCCCUUGGUGAAGUCCUACCUGGCUCAGUUUGCUGCCCGGGCAAUCAUUGCUGACCUAGUGAGCAUGGCAGAGUUGGCCCACCCUCUGGAGAACGGCACCCAUUUCCCUCUUUUCCUCCUCUGCUUGCAGCAGAUGGCCAAACUGAAAGAUCGGGAGUGGCUGACUGACCUGUUCCAACAGAGCAAGGUCAACAUGCAGAAGAUGCUUCCAGAAAUUGAUCAGAAUAAGGACCGCAUGUUGGAGAUUCUGGAGGGGAAGGGCCUGAGCUUUUUAUUUCCCCUUAUGAAGCUGGAGAAGGAACUGCUGAAGCAAAUUAAAGCUGAUCCAGCCCCGCAAACCAUCUACAAGUGGAUCAAGGACAACAUUUCUCCAAAACUGCACACCGAUAAGGGUUUUGUUAACAUCCUGAUAACCAGCUUUUUGCAGUACAUUUUCCACGAGAUGUAUUCCACUGAGGAAGAAGACCAAUUAUCUGCACCAACGAAAGAACAGCUCGACCAGGAGAAUCAGCUGCUGCUUGCCUUCAAACCGGUGAUGCAAAAGUUCCUGCAUGAUCACGUGGAACUGCAAGUCAGUUCGCUGUAUGCGCUGCAAGUCCACUGCAAUGCCCAUGCUUUUCCCAAAGGAAUGUUACUACGCUACUUUGUUAACUUUUACGAUAUGGAGAUAAUUGAAGAAGAGGCCUUCCUAGCAUGGAAAGAAGAUAUUACCCAGGAAUUUCCAGGGAAAGGAAAAGCCUUGUUCCAGGUCAACCAGUGGCUCACCUGGCUGGAGACGGCAGAAGAGGAGGAGUCUGAGGAAGAAGCUGACUAAAGAACCAAUAUAUAUAUUUUUUUGCUUUUAACAACAUGUAUUUGCAAGGGCCUUUUGCUGUUCAUUUCAGCACAAAACAAUAGAAAUGCACUUUUUGCUCCGUGUCAUUAAGUUGCUGCAAAAUAUUAUUUUUUGUUUGUUACAGAGAAUCCUCAAUUGUAAUCAUUGGUUACCAUAACACUUUUAGUUGUUGCUUUUGUUUAUACCUCACUGUUGCAGUAGUAGUGUAAUCGGGUCCUUCAAAAUGACUACUCCAGAGGUGCUCGAGUCUGUGAAACAGGGAAAAAAUUGUUUACUUUCCGCUCAUUAUCUGAUUGUAAGACUUCAUGCUCUAAAUUCAGUAUUUUUAAAUUUCCCUCCUGUCUUUUGUAACUAUAUGAACAAAGACAUGUGGGAGAGAUGAAAUGAUGCUGCCUUUUCCUUUUCCCCAACCCGUGAAUGUCCCACACCUCGAUUUGAUGAGCUGAUACUUGAAUUUUAUUUUAUUCACAGCAUGUUCAGGGACUGGCAAACAUGGCCUGUUUAGAUGCAAUGAUUUGAUCCAAACAGAAAUUAGAUUUUUUUUUUUACAUUUUUAAUUGGUAAAAUAAAGUUGAAACAAGAUGAAAAAUUGGUAUGAAUGUUCAAUUUACAAAUCAUUGUUUUUAUAACCUAACAGUGUGCUUUCCCAUUAUGUCUAAUAUGGAUAUUCAAGAUAUUUAUUGAAUCAUGAGGGGAAAACAACACUUUAGCAAUAGCUAGGACAAAUGGUGACUCACUCGUGUGGCAUCCUGUACAAUGACUUGCUAUUUAAAAGUGUUACUGUAAAGGUGUAAGAGCUCUGAAUGUUCAGUGUACCACUGUUGCUUUCAAUAAAGUUACACACCAGCAUUUA